CUUAUCGUCACUAAUCCUGUUUUUGUUUUUCUCUCUGUUCACAUUCUUUUCCAUUUGACUUGGCAUUUUAGUUUUUCGUGGACCACCGAGUGAUGUAGUGAAUUGUGUGCGUUGGUUUGUUGCGCUUGCAUUUCAUGGUCAUUCUGGCUGGAAACCAUCUAUUUUUAAUAAGCAUGUAUAAUACGUUGCUUGGAUCCUCACCAAUAGCGUAAAAUUUUAUUUAUGUAGCAGUUAGUCGAACGAACUUCUACGGAGUUCCGUAAGGUGUGCGUUAUAAAGAUAAUGCAUAUGCGACGGAUGAAUAUGCUUAAAAGCUAAUUAUUUGAUAUAACUCAAAAUCUGUUAAAGUAUGCCUUCAGAGUUGGAAGAAGCGUCAAGUAAAUGUAAGGAUGUGGUAUACUCGUUUAGUAGCUAUGAAGACAGUCGACCCAAUCUCAAUAAACCGAUUGACCAUGGACCUGCUAAAUACAUCCAAAAAGUUAGAGUAACAAGAGCUUCACCUCCGAAACCAGCCUACGACCCGUUACAAUUUGUACAAUUGAAGCCUUGCAGCUUAGUCAAAUCAGCACAGGAACAGAUCAAAAAGUCUGAAAUAGUGAAAAAAUGUAAAGAAGAUAAAAAAGAAGAGCCAGAGGAAUGGCAGUGUAACUUAGAUAAUUGGAAGUCAUCGAGAAGGAAGCGAGUUGAACACAUUAUAGAUCGUGUAGUCGAAGUGAAAAAGUUUGAACUAGAAGAACACGAUCGUAAUAGACGUAAAUCUAAAACCUUCAAUGAGAUGCUGGAGGAAAGGGGUUCAAGGCGUCUCAAACCUCUACCCAUCUACUUUGACGGUGACAAUGACGAUUUAAGUGAACUUGGUCUUAGUACUCCAGAGUCUAGUGAUAAAUUCACUCCUAACGAAACUGAAAACAUGGGAGGAAAGUUAUAUAACACGACUUCUAACACUGAUCUAUCCGAAUACACUUAUGAAGGAGCUAUCGAAGUUUACAAAAGCAGAGUGUCGCGGGCAAGUUGCUCACAGACAGAUCAUUUGGUUGAUUAUGGAACUGUUAAUAAUACAAACUCAGUCUCAAGUAAAGGCUCUGAGAACAUAUCUUACAGUGACGAGAAUGAUCGAAACGUUAACAUUGAACACGGAAAGACAUUUGAUUCCUUACAACGAGAUGUUCCGAAAAUCGAUUUUCUGAAACGUAAACAACUUUUUGAGAAGGAACACGCAGUUACCGAUUCAGAACACGAAAGGCGACGUUUAUCUGAUGACGUUAUCGCCAUUGCUGUUAGUGUAAAAGAACGGUUGUCAGUGUUACAAUGUCAUGAGCACGACUUAAGCGAUCCUCAAAGUAAACUUCCGCCGGUUUCAUUUAGCGAUUUGAAGAACCGACUGGAAAUUUUCGAAAGAGAUACUCGAAAUGCAGGCAUUGUACAAUAUAACUGCUCAAAAGCAAAAGCGACGGCGUUACCCAAAUGUUCCAGCCAAGAUCAAAUUAAUAAUAACGUGAAAAACACGGAGUUUGCUUUGGGUGGCACAUCUGAUCAAGCUUGCUCCGUCAAAACGAUAUACAAUACUGGGUCAGAUAAACAACCUGCAUCAGAUCUCGAAUACAAUGAGAAUGUUGAUUCUGAUCACGAAGACAGUGGUAUUCACACAACAGACGUGUCGUGUUCAGUUUCCCAGGCAGAUGAACAAAAUUAUGAAGUUGAGCAUGUUGCUAGCGGAGAUUCUAAUGUACAAACUAAAACUGCUAAUAGUUAUAAUGAAAUAGAACCUUCUAUUUCACCAGAUCAUGAUGACACCAGAAAUGCAAACAUACUUGAUGAUGCACUAGAAAUGGCUUUCCAAGAAAUAGACAGCAGUGAAUUAACACCGAUGUGUGAAAAUAUACAUGAACCAAUUUAUCAAAACAUUAAAAACGUCGAAAAUCAAUCCCUAGCUCCGGAACUUUCAAAUGUCGAUGAGCCCUAUUACCAGGUGCCAAAAUCUAUAGAGCCAUACUAUGAAGUACCAAAGACAAUACCUAUUCCUUUCUAUGAAAAUGUUGAUAUGAAGCAGCCUUUCGCUAUCGUUACUGAGGAUAAUGUGUCCGUUGGUGAUAACACUGUACUUAUCAUAGGUCUAAAUAAGCUACAGCCGCCUACAGAGAAACCACCACCCCCACCACCACCUGAAAUCGUUCAAGAAACUGUAGAACCUAUUGAAUGUUGCAGUAGGAAUAGUGAAGAUUAUAUUGAACAAAUCAACUCUACCAAACAUAUAAAAAAGGAUACAUGCGAGAGAAGAUCAAAUUUUCUCGGCAUCGAAGAAAUUGUUGCACAUAACGAAUUAAUCAAAUUACCCACAUGUGUAGUAGCUAAUAACGAUUCUCAACACGAAAGUAAACACCUAAAAAAUCAAAAAGUAACGAAAUCUGGAAUUGGAAUGUUUGGAAACUCUGAUGCGGCUGAAAGUCGAGAUUCAGGAGUAUCAGAAAACCACUCACGUCAAAGUAGUGAUUUUUGUAAUGUCUUGUAUGAUGACCCUGAUGACUUCAUGAAACCAAAGCUAAAUGAACACAAAAUUUUACAAUUAAAUGCGUUUAAAGAUCAUCAGUUCGGACAUUAUGUACAGGCUGACGCUUCUCAGCAGGACAUAUUAAGUGGAGCUACGAUAUUGAACAAGGAGCAAAUGCGAGUUAAAACGGAACAGAGAAAUGCAAUUCUACCAACGGUACCACCGGUAAAACCACUUCGCUCUUCGCAUCAUCAACAGACUAUUCAAGACUAUUCUAGCGACGUGCCGCAUAUAUCAACCACCGUUUCAAAUGUUGAUUGCAAUCAAAGCGCAAACGAUUUUUUGCAGAGCGAAAAUCAAAUCUCUUUUCAGUAUGCUUGCAGAAAUAUUAAUUCUUUGAUUGAUCUGUCUCGUUUUGAAAAUAAUUCAAACGAAUCUCUGAACGAUGCUAUUGAACCUAUUAACACUGCCAAUAACGUGAAGACGACGAAUGAUUGGAACCCUCCACGAUUUUCUUACGAUGCUAAUGGGAAGGAAUCUGAGGAUUACACACUGCAUAGAAAUAUGCUAAGACAGCGAAGCUACACUGAUUGUUCACCUCAAUGGAACGUCAAACCUAUUACACACGGUCACGGGUUGAAGAACAAAUCAUUCGAUCAACAUUGGCUUGUCCAGGAAGCGGAACAGCGUAGAAUUGAGCAGCAGUGUAAUAUGAAUAAUAAUCCACAUGUUGGGCAUCAGAAAAUCGUUAACAGAAAAUCGCUGCCCGAAUCAGUCAUACAGACGAUAACGCAACGAAUUCAGAAUCUUGGUAUUGGUUCCGACAGACGCUGGCAAUCUGAGUUACCCACUUUUCAACGUAGACCCGAUAGUAGUGUUGUUACUCGAAAUAGUAAUGUGCGAGGCUCCCAAGAUCCCCUGGAGAAUGACGAAAAAGUUCUCAGUGUUAGCGGAAAGAAGAAAUGUUCCCAUUGCAAUAAUGAACUAGGGCGAGGAGCAGCAAUGGUCAUCGAAAGUCUUGGAUUGUUGUAUCACAUCGAAUGCUUCAAAUGUUGCGUAUGUCAUACACGACUUGGCGAUGGAUUUAAAGGUACAGAUGUCCGGGUGCGCAAAUAUAGGCUGCACUGCCAGAAUUGUUUUUCAAGUGAAGAUGGUAUUAAGUUUAGUUGUGUGUAGAAUUGUUGUCGUAACGAAGAGUAUUGAUUAUUUGUACAUAUGAAUUAAAGUGAAUUUUUCGCUGUUGUUAUUUCUUUGACGUAUGAAAUUUUAUUUAUAAAAAUAAAUACGUGAUUAUAACUAUUA